AUGCCGCAAGGAAGGGUUCGCCUGACGCUCUCUCAUCCCUGCCAUCGGAUCAUGGUGAGGCGCUCUGUUGAAUGGGGUUCCCGGAUGUUCGGAAUUUGUUUGCAUAAUGUAGAGAAAGGUUUCACUGAUUAUGGAACUGUGGUCGAGAUCCAAGCGACUGAAAAUUUUCCGGGUGAAAAGAUGGUAGUCCAAGCAAUUCCUAAACAAAGAUUUCACGUUCUUUCGCGUGGUGUAGUGGAUGGUUGUCCUGUAGCCAAGGUGGAAUGGGUUGAAGACUUGAACAUCGAUGAUCCCGAGAAGAUCGUUCAUUUGAAGUGGCGCAACUCGAUGAGCCAUGUUAUGCUAAAAAGGUGGGUUGCCGGAUUACCUUUUGACGAAAAGGCUUGCAUUGAACAUGCGUUAGGGCCCAUACCGCCUUGCGACAACCACAUGCUUCUGUCGCCGCACGGACCUCCUUGGCUGUGGUGGGCUAUGGCGGCAGUACCACUUCAGUCACAGGAAAAACUAAGAAUUCUAGUUAUGCCAAGUGUAGCCGACAGGUUACAAAGCCUUCAGAAAUCCCUCGACUCACUGCUGCAAUUAAAGAAAGACAGGAAGCCUAGUGAUGCGAACGAAGAAGUUACACGCGUGAAAUGCACUGCGCCAUGCACCUCCUUGGGUUAA